CGCGCACGCGCAGUUGGACCGUGUGGUGGGUGGACAGAGAUUGUUGUUUAUUUUCGUGAUUUGCUAACCAGUAAACGUUUUUUGCUCAAACGCUAACAUUUAACGCAUAAAAAGUGUAAACCGCUAAAGAUCAACGUGAACGUAUUUCACUUACAAGUGACUGCAUUUCGCGAGGUAGCGUGUUUUAGCUAGCGGGUUAGCGUGAAGUUGAUUAAUGUCUCUAUAGCGUUAGCUGUUAGCGGACUAUGUUAGCACGCUAGCUAAGACUGGACACGGAAUAUCAAAGUUUAAUUAAAACCACCCAGUUACCGUUCCAUUCUUAUUGGGUUAACGCCACGAUAACAUUCACGACGAAAUGAUAUGGACAUUUUUGCAGAAGACGAACUCUGAGGUGUUCUGCAUGCAUGAAUAUUGCUAAACAGCUUUUGAUCAACACCUCUACUGGUAAAGCUAUAGAGGAUACAGCUGGAAAGCCUCCCCUAGGUUGAAACCUAAGGAGCAAAAUGUCCAUCACAAACACUCCCACCAGUAACGAUGCCUGCUUGAGCAUCGUGCACAGCCUGAUGUGCCACCGGCAGGGAGGGGAGAGUGAAAGCUUUGCCAAGCGGGCUAUCGAAAGUCUUGUCAAGAAGCUGAAAGAGAAGAAAGAUGAGCUGGAUUCCCUUAUCACAGCCAUCACUACGAAUGGAGCGCAUCCCAGCAAGUGUGUAACCAUACAGCGAACCUUGGAUGGACGUUUACAGGUUGCAGGGCGUAAAGGUUUCCCCCAUGUUGUCUAUGCUCGACUGUGGAGGUGGCCUGAUCUCCACAAGAAUGAAUUGAAACACGUGAAAUAUUGCCAGUAUGCCUUUGACCUGAAGUGUGACAGUGUUUGUGUGAACCCAUAUCACUAUGAGAGGGUCGUCUCUCCAGGCAUUGACUUAUCAGGGCUGACGCUUUCAAGUUCAGGCCCACUCAUGGUGAAGGAUGAAUAUGACUAUGAUAACCAGCAAUCUCACUCCAGCUCUGAGAACCACUUGCAGACUAUCCAGCAUCCACCAUCAAGGCCUGGUCCACAAGAGACUUUCAGCAGCCCCACUCUGCUCCCUCCAUCAGAGAGCAGCGGUUCUGCUUCAACCUCUGCUUUCUCCACAAUCAGUGCUGGACCCUCGAAUCCUACCCCCAAUUGGAGCAGGAGCAGCAGCUUUACUCCUGCGGUGCCUCAGCACCAGAAUGGUCAUCUGCAGCAUCAUCCACCCAUGCCUCACACAGGGCAUUACUGGCCGGUUACUAAUGAAAUUGCUUUCCAGCCCCCCAUAUCCAAUCACCCUGCUCCAGAAUACUGGUGCUCUAUUGCUUACUUUGAGAUGGACGUCCAGGUAGGGGAGACAUUUAAGGUCCCGUCCACAUGUCCAAUUGUUACUGUUGAUGGCUAUGUGGAUCCAUCAGGAGGCGAUCGCUUCUGCUUGGGCCAACUGAGCAAUGUUCACAGGACAGAGAACAUAGAAAGAGCCAGGCUUCACAUCGGUAAAGGUGUACAGCUGGAGUGCAAAGGUGAAGGAGAUGUGUGGGUGCGCUGUUUGAGCGAUCAUGCAGUGUUUGUGCAAAGCUAUUACCUGGACCGUGAGGCUGGACGCGCUCCUGGAGAUGCAGUUCACAAGAUCUACCCCAGCGCUUACAUCAAGGUGUUUGACUUGCGUCAGUGCCACAGACAGAUGCAGCAGCAGGCAGCAACAGCUCAAGCAGCAGCCGCAGCUCAGGCGGCAGCAGUGGCUGGUAACAUUCCUGGACCUGGCUCUGUGGGAGGCAUCGCCCCUGCCAUCAGCUUGUCUGCAGCCGCGGGCAUCGGGGUCGAUGACCUGCGCAGGCUGUGCAUCCUGCGGAUGAGCUUUGUGAAAGGCUGGGGACCCGACUACCCACGGCAAAGCAUAAAAGAGACACCCUGUUGGAUUGAAAUCCAUUUACAUCGGGCUCUACAGCUACUGGAUGAAGUUCUGCACACCAUGCCAAUAGCUGACCCUCAGCCUCUUGACUAAGUUGAAAGACACAAUUGUACAAAAACAGACAAACACAAAACAAAAAUCGGACUGUACACAUUACAGACAACUCCACCUAUGGGCCCGGAGUGCCGAAGGAGGACUGCAACUUCAGGGAUGAUGAGUAGGUCAUAAGGACUAAGAGCGAGGACGUGAAGAUUGGUAGUAUACUCCAAACGCACUGCUUUUCCAUUCUAGUGCUGGGAGCGGUUGUCAGUUUACUGAACUAGACUCCCAGGUCUGUGUGUUCAGUGACUUCCACACAACAGCUGGAGGAGCAUGUGAGUCACACUGGGAGGAGUUGUAGCAUAGUGGAAACAUGCGGCCAAGAGGAUGUGCAUAUGAAAGGAAGCCGGGAUUGUGACAUUGUUCAAUUGGGACUCUACGGUAUAAUAUGCAGUGAAGAAGGCUCUCGUAUCUUGAGUUUGAUUUGAAAAAAUAACCUCACACCACUACGAGGAAAAGAAUGUGUCCACACCGAGGUUGAAAUAUGCUGAAAUCUUAUCAAUUAUUCAAUUAACCUAAAUAAUGCAGAGAACAUGUUGGACUGUGGGUGUUUUCUACUAUAAUGGUUAAUGAUGUUGAAUAAGACAGUUGAUUGAUCUCUAUUAGACUAAUUAGUCAGAACACAAUCACUUUGGUUCAACGGAAACUGUUGAGCUGAGCCCGUGUUAGUGGAUGCAGAGCUGUUGUAUAUCCUGUCAAAUGUGAGUUUUGUUGGUGUAUACUGCCACCGGUCUAGUCCUCCUUCAGUGGCUCUCUGGUGUGAAUAUCACUUCAUGUAAGUGGAGUUUUAUUCCUCCCUUUGCAGAUCAGGACAUGUAUGUGAAAUAAUGUUAUUCACCCCCACCCCCUUCCUUUUGUUGUAAAAUAUUAUCUUAAAAAUGUUUCUCAGAGCUAACGGUCCUCCUUGGUGAUUUUUGAUUCAUAGCCCUCCCUUUUUGAAUAGUUGUUUUUAUUAAUGUAAAGAACAUUUACAAAGACCCUUUUUUAGUUGAGCUCAGCUUCUCUUUUUAAAAACAGUUAUUCUAGCACCAGGCAAGGCUGUUGAGGCAGUGAGAGUUUUCUACUGAAGUUUUACUAAGUCCCCCAAGUUAAUUGAAAAGAUUAAAAUGCAUUUUUUUAAAAGAAAAAUUUAUUAUACACAUCAGCGUAAUAUUAUUUGUUUGUCUUUUUUUUUUUUUUUUUUAAAUUAGAUGUAUUUUAGUGUCUAUUAGCACUUUAUUAGUUUGCCUAAGUAUUUUGUCUUGUUUUUGUUGUGUGGUUACUUGUAUCCAUAUAAUAUCUUAGGAUCCUAAGUGUAUAUAUAAGUAUAUCUUAGGUCUGAGGCUACUUUUGGACCCCACAAGCGGUGUCUGCCCAAAAUCUCUUUUCAGUAUCAAAUGUUUCACCUGCAGAAGGAUCUGUAAUGUUUCCUGAUGGAAACGGCCACAAUCUCUUAUAUUCUAAAGAUACAUUUGGGUGGAUUAUCAUGAUAAGUUAGCUCACUUCCACCCAUUUUAAAAUGCACAUUUUCUUUUUAUGGACAACUCAUUAACGUAGGUAACAGCCGAGGAAAGAAGUUGAAGAGGGUUGAACUGUGAGAGGAAGUGUAGCCAUAUCGAUGCCAAAAAUACUGAAAAGUAGGACGUUCAUCACACUUCAGUCAUUUCAGUGUUAACGUCACUACUUUCAAUUUGGUUUUUCAUGCUCAACGGAAUGAUUUUAGUUUUUUGCUCAGCACUAUUCAUACAAUACUUUGGUAUUUUGGAGCUCUGUUUACAGCUGUUGCAGUAUUUUAUACUUUUUUGCUACCUUUACACUUAUGAACCACUCUGGCUGCACCUGAAAAUAAUUAUUAUUUUUUUUAAAGUAAAAGAAAUGCUGUACAAUUUUCAGGAAAUGCAAGUUUGUGCUCAUUGUAACCCUUUACAAUUAAGUCAUACAUAACAGAGUUUGAAUGAUGUUGGUGUUUUUAUGUACGAAUACGGUUGAAUAAAAUUUAAUGGGCUAAUA